AUGCCAAGUGACACUAAGGAGUUUUAUUGGCAGGAAUUCAAGGUGAAACAUAAUUCUUUAAGCAUUUUGAGCUAUAAUAUGAAAUGUGUAAUUACUAACUACUCAUAUACUUUAAUCUUUUUGCACAAAUACUUCCUAUGGGACCAAGCAAUUGACAGCUUGGUCAAAAUUGCAUGGCAGAAAAAGGCUGCUGAGAGAUACAUGGGCUUAAUGUGUGAAAUCAGGAAAGGGAAGACGAAGAAUCUGGCUACACUUGAUUCUGUUUUGAGGAAGUGGCAGGAAACUUGGAACACUUCUGAAUAUAAAGAGAAGUGUGACAAGUUUUCUACCAAUAGGCGCAGUGAGGCUGGAGAGGCAGGAUCUGGCAUUUCCAGGCACGUUUGCGAAUCAGUUUCACAGUAUACCCACCAGCAAAGGAUGAGAGAAAGACUAGGAAGAGAACCACAUCCUCAUGAGCUUUUCGAGGCCACACAUAAGAGAAAGGGGACGAAGGAGUUUGUUGAUGCUAGGUCAAAAGCUAUUUAUGAUAAAUACAUACAACUAAAGGAGGCAGCAACAGGAGGGAAGCAAUGA